AUGUGGAGGCGCAUCUACCUACUUCUCGUCCUCGUCCGGCUGUGGUUUGCGCUCUCACCGAGCUAUCUACAUCCAGAUGAGAACUUUCAAGGUCCGGAGGUGAUUGCGGGCCAAAUUUUUAGUUACCCCGUUCGACACACGUGGGAGUUCACGAGCGACCACCCGAUCCGAAGCGUGUUCCCGUUAUGGCCUGUUUACGGCCUGCCGAUGCUUCUUUUGCGAUGGCUUUGGAUCGGUAACGGCCAAGCGGGCGAGAUCCCGCCCAUCGCCGUCUUUUGGACCCUCCGUGUCCUUAUGUUCGUCAUCAGCUUUGUGCUGGAGGAUUGGGCCAUUCACGAACUCAUCCAGUCGCCGCGACAUCGGCGCCUCGCGGUGCUUCUCGUCGCCUCGUCCUAUGUCACCUGGACGUACCAGACCCAUACCUUUUCGAAUUCCAUCGAAUCGCUCAUCGUCGCUUGGAGCAUGGUGUUGAUCCAGCGCAUCGUUGAAGCUCCGGUAUGGUUUUAA